GGCUUUACAGCUGUACUGAAAUCGUAAGCAACAAAUCAUUGAUAUAAGAAAGCUUCAUCGUAAUUUGAUGGAACUGUAGUUACUAAUUAUUAAGGAAGAAGCCAUGUCAUCAAACUUAGAUGUCUCUAAACUUUCGAGCAUUAACGUAAUCUCGCCUGAUAAAAAUCUUCCAAGAAGGAAGUCAUCAAUUUUUAAUCGGAGGAGCACGCUUAUGGGUGAUGAAAACAUGCAAUGUGAUGGUUCAUCAAGCGAAAUGAUUGAUAGAUAUAAAAGUGAAUCAUAUUUUAAUGUAGAGACGUACCUCGCUUGUCUGAAAAAAGAAGUGUCGGACUGGAAAACUGUGUAUGAGGAAAGAAAGAAAGCCAGAACACUGGCAAGAAAACGGCAAUGCUUGAAGACUGUUGUAACAAGUGAGGAAGUAUAUGUCAUUUUCAACGAAGAGGAUAAACAGUUUGUCCGUGGUCGUCCAAAUUAUAACAGGAUGGGAAGAGAUGCGAUUGUAGCGAUGGAAAAAUUCUCCAUUGCAUUACAAACGGCGAUUUGUGUCGAAAAGUCUUCACAGUUGGUUAUAAAUUAUGUACAGAAAACUGAAACAGACUUGCGUAAGAAGAUAAUUGAACUGUCUGUUUUGGAAUGAUUUUCUGAAGUAAAGAAAAUGUGAAAGUGUUACAUCUCUGUGCAUUGUUAUUUAUUUUCUGACCGUAUUGUGCGUUAAAGAAUUCUCUUGCUUGGUGUAUAGUAUGAAAUAACGUUUUAACUUCUUAUAGUAAAAUUCAGGAGUUCGGCUCACUGCAUUACUCGUAAAAGGUUGAAUGUUCUGACGAACAUGAAAUUUGUGUAAUCGAUUUAUGUACACCUUGCUCUACACAUUACUGUAUCAAACAGCAUACAGUUUGGUCUCUUUUUCACCCAAUACAUUCUGCAAAAGUAAGCCACAGCGCCAGCUCAAACAGCAACAUCACGUCCAGAAGAUGAGACGGUGCCAGAACCAGCCUCAGAACAUACAGCAAAGACUGAAAUUAUCGUCAAGAAAACUGUACCUACUCAUCAUCCAGAUGCUGACACACAGGGAAACUGAUGAAGGGGGCCAGUUCUAUCCGAAUUUGGCCCAAUACAACGAAUCCAGAACAAGCAGUCAACACUCAGGUGGACGUUCCGUUACUUUAUAGUCAAAUUAGUUUUAAAGAUCCUCUACCUAAUAAUAUAUGCAGUAGUAAUUUCGUUAUGCACUUGAACAUAAGAGGUCUGUCUGAAGGAAUGAUCAGGAAGCUUUAUGAUAUAGAAAUUUUGCUAGAAAGUGUGAAACAAUCUGUUAAAGUAAUAUGCCUUAAUGAACAUUGGCUAAAAUCUGAAAAUAUCAGUCUCCUAAAUAAACUUACAGGUUAUAAACUGGCUACCAGCUUUUGUAGGACCAAUGGGUAUGGAGGCUCUUGCAUAUUAGUUCAUUCCACGGUAGACUAUGAUAUCAGACAGAAUUUUAGCCAUCUGAAUGAAGAAGGCACAUUUGAAAGUUGUUGUAUAGAACUUAAAGACUAUAACACACUAAUUAUCAGCAUAUAUCGCACCCCUGGGUACCAUAUAAGCUCUGUAUUUUUAGAUAAGUUUGAUACAUUGCUACAUAAAUUAAAAUGUGAGAAACUGUACAAGAAAGUGGUUAUAUGUGCUGACUUCAACAUAGAUGUAAGGACUAAUGACAAAUUUUCUUCACACUUAAAGAACCUGGUAGCCACAAAUGGGCUAAAUCUCAAUUUCGAUCAGUAUACAAGAAUUACAGCAAGCUCUGCAACAUGUAUUGACAAUAUUGUAAGUAGUUAUAAUUAUUAUGUAAAAGAAAAGUUUCUUCUAGAUUUAGGAGUAUCAGACCAUAAAGCACUAUUUGUAUCACUACCAAAGCAAAAUUCAGUCUGCACAACAAAAAGAUGUAGGAAUUUCAGUCAAGAAAAUGUGGAAGUAUUUUGCAAAAAACUAAGCCAAACCAAGUGGACAGUCAGCAAACACACUUCCACAAGUGACAAUUACAAUAACUUUUUAACUGAAUUCUUGGGUAUAUUCAAUGAAUGCUUCCCUUUUGUAACAGUGAAGACCAGGUCCCAAAAAAGUAGAUCCUGGGUAACAAAAGAAAUUAGAGUGUCUAGUGCUACUAAGAGGAAACUGCAUAUGGAGGCAAAAGUAAAUCGAAGCCCUCAAUUUCUUAAGUAUGUAAGCACAUACAAAAAAACAUUUGACAAAAUAGUUAAACUAGCAAAACGUACUGCAAAUAACGACUUCAUUUCAAAUGCAAAAAACAAAUCAAAAGCUGUUUGGUCUGUUAUAAGAAGUGAAGUCGGCAGUGAGGCAGAGAGAAAAUGCCCUUCUAAAAUAGUGAUAAAUGGUAGAGCUGUUACAGAACCCAGUGCCAUUUGUGAAUCAUUCAAUGACUUUUUCAUAAACUGUAACAAAUUUGGUGACUGUUCACCAACAAAUACAAAGCCCAAUAUGACAGAUAGCAAUUGCACAUGUUUUAAGUUUUCUCAUGUUUCCAUCUCAGAUGUAAUCAAAAUCAUAAUGUCCCUAAAAAAUUCAAAAUCUGCGGGGUGGGAUGAGGUCCCCAUUGAAAUAAUAAAAAUAGUCCGUCACAGUAUUGCAUAUCCACUCUCUUUCAUAAUCAACCAAUCAUUUGAUGAGGGAUGUUUCCCAGAUCGAUUAAAAUAUGCAGAAGUUCGGCCCAUACAUAAAAAAGGUAAACAAGAUGAAUUGGGCAACUAUAGGCCAAUCUCACUGUUACCAAUUUUCUCAAAAAUAUUUGAAAGAGCUGCAUGUGAUCAGAUUGAAAAUCACAAUUCAUCUAACAGCAUUAUCUUAGGCAAUCAAUAUGGUUUCAGAAAAGGCCGCAGCACAAUCCAUGCAAUAAAUGAAUUAGUCACAAAAGUCAGCAGAUGUCUUGAUGAUAGAAUGUGUGUGUCAGGCAUCUUUUGUGACCUGUCCAAAGCCUUCGACACAGUAAAUCAUGACCUGCUUCUCCAAAAAUUGGCACGCUAUGGUUUUCAAGGCAAAUCUCUUAGCUGGAUGUCAUCAUACUUGGCAAACAGAAAACAAAGAGUACUUAUUAACAUCAACGGCAAGAAAUUUCUCUCUGGCUGGAAAAUCACUCAAUUAGGUGUUCCACAAGGCUCAAUAUUAGGGCCACUGCUUUUUCUAUAUUAUAUUAAUGAUAUGCCAUGUCAGGUCCAGUCUGAUACUAUCCUCUAUGCAGAUGACUCAACAGCUGUAGUCUGUUGUAAAAAUGAGGUAGACCUAAUUCGUCAUAUUGAACAAACACUUGGGGAAGUAGAGGCAUGGGUCAAAAACAAUAACUUGACAUUAAAUUUUACAAAAACAGAAAUUGUUCAUUUUACCACAAAACAAUCUGCACAGUCUAUAAGUGAAAUAAGGUAUAUGGACAAAAAAUUAGAGACUGCAGACUGUGUCAAAUUCCUUGGCAUGUUAGUCAAUAAAAACCUGUUAUGGAGUCACCAUGUGGACAACAUACUGGGUCGACUGAAUAGCCUUGUAUAUAUUAUGAAUAUCUUGUAUAGUAUUACUGAUUUAGCUGUAAGAAAAACCGUAUAUAAUGCAUAUUUUGUUUCAGUCAUUAGGUAUAGUAUAAUUUUCUGGGGGUCUGAAAAAACAAAUUUACUUAGAGCUUUUAGACUACAAAAAAGAAUCAUCUGAGCAAUGGUGGGAGCAAAACCAAAGCAACACUGCAAACCUUUAUUUGUAAAACUGGAUCUAAUGAGCAUUCCAAGCAUAUACAUCUAUGAAACUCUCACUUUCACGAAAAGAAACCCACAACUUUUUGAGGGCAACUUCUUCUUGCAUCAAUAUGAUACUAGACAUAGAAUGAGCUACAUGUUACCUACCCACCGUUUAAAAUCAUAUGAAAAAACCCCAUACUAUAUGGGCAUGAAAUUUGUAAAUAAAAUAUGGAAAGAUAUGGAUGACCCAAAUGUAAAAGGUACCAAAAGAGACCUGGAAAAAUAUCUGAAAGAUAAAUGUUACUAUAGUGUAGAAGAUUUCAUGAAUGAUAACAAUGCAUUAUAAUUGUAAUUAAAAUACCUCUUUGAAGAUGUUACACCAUGUAUAUUAUUAGUUUAUUGUCUAUUUUUAGUAUUGUUAUAUAUAGUGUAAA